AAUUGCAGUUUCUUUCUCUCUCCCUCUCUGAGUGACAGCGAGGAUUUCGCUGCGCCCGGAGCGACGUCACACUAAGGUGGAAGAAGACGAGAGCAUUUUUUUCCUCCCUUUAUCAUCCAAAGAAAACACAUCGUCAGACCUGUGGCACACAGACGCCUCUACCUGCAGCCGGUGCGCACCGAAAAACUGGCUCACCAAGUUCAUCAGCGCGUCAGUUCAGAGCGCGGCAACAUCCAGCAUAAAACCAAACUUUCUUUUAUUUGAUUGGAAGGCAGCAGCGCUCUUCUCCUUCGUCUUUGAUAUAAUUUUAUCGUUUAAAAAAAAAGAAAAAAAAAAAGAGUAGAGACUCCGAGUAUCCACGCAACCAGGAGCUGUGUCGUGCGGCUGUUUCGCUCUCAGGGAGGACUCCACUGCUCUGUCGUCCUCUCUUUCCUCCUCAGCCCGCGGUGAAAACAUGUAAUGUGCUGCGACAGAUAGAGCACAACGACAAUGAAGAGGUUAACCACACCUUUGAAAGCGGACGUCUCUUCAGUAGCCUCUUGACCAUCUUUGCUGCGCAUUAAGAUGCGCCCGAGAGAAGAGGAGUUGGAUGAUGAACCUUUGGCGCUCUCGUUGACAGACAGUUUCCAGUGAGAUUUUGCUGAGUCGCACCGUCAGAAAACAAGGACCUCCUAUGUGUUUCAGAAAUAAUCCGACUCGGUGUUGGCUGAGCUGAGUCAGUUUAAACUUUGCUGGGGAAUCUCCUUGAGGAUUUGCUGCGUUCAACAUGACGGUUCGUCUAUCACGGAUCCAACUUGCCCUCUUCUUUAUCUUGCUCUGUCCGGUCAAUAUCAUCGGACUGUGGUGGGCGGUGGGCAGUCCGCUGGUGAUGGACCCCAACAGUAUCUGCAGGAAGGCGAAGCGUCUGGCAGGGAAGCAGGCUGAGCUGUGCCAGACUCAGCCAGAGAUUGUCAGUGAGGUGGCCAAAGGGGCCAGGCUGGGAGUCAGGGAGUGCCAAUACCAGUUCAGGUACCGCCGGUGGAACUGCACCAGCCACAACAAGUACUUUGGCAAAAUACUGCAGCAAGAUAUUCGGGAGACAGCAUUUGUUUACGCCAUCACGGCAGCCGGGGUGACCCACGCUGUGACCCAGGCCUGCAGUAUGGGAGACCUGCUGCAGUGCGGCUGCGAGGCCACCAGGAACAGAGCACCUCCGAGGCCUCCUUCAUCCUCCUCCUCCUCGGGGGAUGGAGUCAAGUGGGAGUGGGGCGGCUGCGGAGAUGAUGUGGAGUUUGGUUAUGAAAAGUCAAAACAGUUUAUGGAUGCCAAGAGGAGAAGAGGCAAGAGCGACAUCAGGACGCUCAUUGAUCUGCACAACAAUGAGGCUGGGCGGCUGGCAGUGAAGCUCUACAUGAGGACAGAGUGCAAAUGCCACGGACUGUCGGGCUCGUGCACCUUGCGCACUUGCUGGAAAAAGAUGCCUCAUUUCCGUGAGGUAGGCGACCGUCUGCUGGAGCGCUUCAAUGGCGCCUCCAAGGUGAUGGGCGGCAACGACGGCAAGACCCUGAUCCCAGUCGGCCAGAACAUAAAGCCACCGGAUAAGCAGGAUCUGAUCUACUCAGACGAGUCGCCCGAUUUCUGCCUUGCGAAUCGGAAAACGGGUUCACUUGGGACUCGAGGCCGCAUGUGCAACAGCACAGCCAUGGACAUCAGCGGCUGUGACCUGCUGUGCUGCGAGCGUGGCUACAGGGAGGAAACAGUGGUGUUUGAGGAGAACUGUCUGUGUCGUUUCCACUGGUGUUGUGUGGUCCAGUGCAAGAAGUGCUUGGUCCGAAAAGAGCUUAGUCUCUGUCACUGAUGAACUGAUGAACUGAGGUAGAGAGUAGUCGGUGUGACAUGGUUCAUUAUAAUUAUGUCUGUUACUUUUUGAGGUGUUUGCUUUUAGUUGUGUAAGUGUGAAAGAAGGAAAGGGUUUGGACUUUCAUGGUGAUCCUUUCCUUUCCCGUUUUUUGCACCAGUUACAAUCAGACAAUGCCCCCAAAAAAUUUCAUUUCAAAUAGUGAUCGGCUUCCAGGAAGACGUCAACGCAACCACAUGGAACCAAUGGAAAACAGGGACUAUGUUACUUCACUGAACUACCUAUUUUUCAUUUCUUGUUUAUGAAAAAGGACCAAAGAAUGUGAAAAUGUGCAUUUUCCAUCUAAUUGAAAGAGGAGGACCUAUGCUUGGAAGACCUUGACAUGACCAGCCAACAGUUUUUUCCUUCCACUACCAGUUCAACAGCAGAGCUUGCUGCGGGUGUCAAACCAAAGAGUUUAUGGCACCAACAUGUAUUGAUGCACCUGAUUUGAUUACGCAUUUUUCUUGAUUGUAUGAACUGGCCACAUUGAAGAUUAUGAGUUUUUCUUGUACUAUCUGGCAUUAAGAGUCCUUCAGAGACUGCUGUCUAUCUGUGCUGUAGCGUCACAGAAAAAUCAUGGAAACAAAAUUCUGAUUGUUACCCCAACAUUUAAGCGCAGUUUAAAGUAUCUUUAAUUCUUGAUCGGAGCAUCUUUACAGGCCUAUUAUACCAAGAUCUUGCAAACUGUUGAUCACCAUCGCAGCAGUCCCUCAGUUACAGUAACUGUAGCCUAACCUUGUCAUGGAGCAGGCACACCACAUACAUAAAGAUACUGGUCUUUGACCUUUUGUUUUUUUUUUUUUGCUACUGCGUCAAAAAUUUACCAAAAAGGGAAAUGGUAUCACAUUAUCAUAUUUGAAGAAUGCUGUCAACACCAUGUUUUACAGGUGAGGACUUGGCCUGCCAGCAAAGACUGUUAUUUAUAUAAAGAUAUGAUAACAAGACUACUCACUUCCAUCUCUCUCAGAAGCACUUUCGAUGCAACGGCUGCCAUGGACUUCCUCAAUAGUUUGGCAAUAAAACCUUUUAGGGGUCGGCUGUUCCUUGUAAACCAAAAGAGAAACCUUUAUUUACAUGACGUUGGUAUCAAGGAAAUGUAUAUGAUGUAUUGUGUUUAUCUGUUAUGAUAUACAGGGCUAAUGUAAUAAUGCACUUUGGAUGUUAGCUUUUCAUUUGAUACUGUAUGUGCAUGUGUGUGUGUGUGUGUGCGUGCGUGUGUGUGUGUGUGUGUGUGUGUGUGUGUUCGUGUGUGUGUGUGUGUGUGUGUGUGUGUGUGUGACUGUGUGUGAGAGAGAAAGUUAUCUGUGACCGUGUGUUUGUACAGGUUGGCCAGUUUUCACCAUAUCCUUCAGCGGACAGUAGCUUCGGUAUAUCUUGAAGUUGCUGCCUGAUGUUAAACUGCAUUCUGUUGGUUAUUAAAAGCACACAGCUCUUUGACUCUCUGUCUCGGUGUGAGGCAGACAAGAUCUUUUAUUUGUUGAUCAGUUUCAGGGGAAGUAUGUUUCCCAUAAACCUAUCAUGUCAUCUCAUUUACACUUAAGUUUUAUAACCAGACAAUGUACAGUGAGUAUACUAAACUAUAAUACUACAUUGCUUCAACUUGCUGUUUGCAUUUGAGUGAGUGUUGAGGUAGGAUGGUAUUUUUACCCUUGAGGACUCGGAGUGAUCUCCUUUUGAUCUUGUGUGUCAUGACUCAGAUCUACCUGAUAUUCCCAAAGUUACGUAAGGUUUUUGCAGGGCCAAAAUGAAAUGACCACAUGAUUAUUCUGUUAUGAAAGUCCCUUUUCUUAUCCAGCUGUUAGCAGUCACUGUCAUUUUAACAGUUACCGCACAUUCAUCAACUAUAAUCAUUUAAUUCCUGACACAUUAAAGACAAAUGCCCACAUCUUGUUGUAUGAAAAAUGCCUCAGUGGUUCACGUGUUGCAGUCCUGACAUGCAGUUGAACAGCACAGCAAUAAGACCAAAUAUACCAGUCACACACACUGAUGAAUAGGGUACAUGGUACAUUCGGUUUAUUAUUGUCACUGCAUCUUUCAUUGUAAUGGCACGAGGGUGAUGUUACUGUUCAUAAUCCUGUUGUGUUGCUUUAACCUCUGCAUUCAAAUAGUCACCCAAGAGACAGUCAAAUUAACAAUACCAAGAGCUUCUGUGUAUACUUCUUCCUCUUAUCCGUCAAGUGAUGUGAACCUAAAACCAUUUCAAUAUUUGCUUGUGUUACAUUAAACACAUUCCAAGUAC